AUGGGAGAAGAUUUAUUCAGGAAAGCCCAUGAUGGACUGACUUUGCUUUGUAUUGGCAAGUUAGACCAAAUGAAGGCCAUGACUGAAGCACAUGAAGGAAUUUGUGGAGCCCAUCAAGCUGAAGCAGUACCUCUGAAAGUGGUAACACAGACUCAAGUCAUUGGAUUCUUAAAAAAGAAUAUAAUUCACAAGUUUGGUUUACCCCAGUUCAUAACUGUUAAUCCAGGCACAAUGUUCAAUGGGGAUGAGAUUAAAGGGUUUGCCACAGAAUAUGGCAUUCAAAUAUUAAAUUCCUCACCCUAUUAUGCCCAGGCAAAUGGGCAGGCUGAGGCAACAAACAAGAUUGUAAAAAACACUUUAGAAAUGAUGAUUGAAGACAAUCCUAGGGAUUGGCAUAACCUCCUAUCAGAAGUACUUUGGGCUUAUAGAAAUUCAAAAAGAAACAACACAAGAAUAACUCCAUAUGAGUUGGUGUAUGGGCAUGAUACUGGGUUGCCUUUAGAAGUAAUAGUGAGAUCCAAUUGA